AUGGAAGAAGGGAUAGUAGCUCCCGGAAAGGGCUCCUCGGGAGAUUGGAGCUCUAAGCUUCUGGCCCUUAAGGCGCGCAUGAAGAAGGCUGGUUUGACGGGAGCAACCACUGGAGAUGGGGGUGUGCUAGGCGGAGGAGGAGCUUCAAGUUCCCCCUCCAUUCCGACCUCAGCCUCUGCUGCUGCUGCUGUCAUGACACCCGGCGCGCCCUCUGCGGCUGCUGCCGCAGGGGGUCUAACCAGAGACGGCCGUCUUAAACCCCCUCCGCUCCAGCGUCGACAGGUGCAGCAGCAGCUGCCUUCUCAAGCGCACCCUCUUCAGUCUCUGCCUCAGCAACGCACCACUGCACAGGCGAAGAAAGGCGUCGUGAGCACACAGGGACGGCUGCUGCUAGUGCAGCAGCUCCAUCAUGCGCUGCAGCAGCAGCAGCAACAACAACAGCUCCCUGCAGCAGCAGCGUCCCUGCAGCAGCAGCAGCAGCAGCAGCAGCAGCCUCCACAGCGAGCAGUCAUUCCCCGCGUAUCCUCAACACCCCUCGGAAGAGCUGCAUCUCCCGCUUUUGAUCUUCUCGCCGCCACAGCAGCAGCCGCUGCCCCCGCUGCCUGCUCUUUGGUGACGACGACCAAUGCAGCGACUGCUGCUGUAGCGGCUGCAGCAGCAUCGCCGAGCUAUGCUGCUCCUGCUGCUGCUUCCGCGGCAGCAGCAGCAGCAGGAGCGGCAGCAGCAGCAGCGGCUCCCGCAACGUCGCAGUCUUCUGCUGCCGCAGGCAGCAGAGACUUCGACGCUCCCAUGUCAUUCGAAGAACUGAUGCGGAGGAAGAGAGAGAAGGAGCAGCAGCAGCUGCAGCAGCAGGAAGGAGGAUCAGCCUCUCAGCGAUAUUCAGACGCAAAAAGCAGUCCAGUAGCUUCAUCGUCAGCCUCUGCAGCACAAGUGGCCUCAGCCGAAGCAUCUCCCCCAACGAUCUCGACAGCAACGUCAGUGCCAAAGAAUGCCGCCUAUGGCAAGGCUGCGUCUCUGCAGCAGCAACUUGCACGCCCUGUAGCGCACAUACAGCAGCAGCAGCAGCAGCAGCAGCAAAAAGCUCCGAUCAGCGUUGCUCCCACCCCAGCUGUCGCAAAGGCAGUUCCCGGAUUGCCACGGAUGCAGCAUUUUUCACCCACUGUGUUGCAGCAAACACGACCAGCUGUCGUGCCCUCGUCAGUGCCGCGCGUAGCGCACUCAGCUCCUGCAGCACCCCCGGCUGCAGAUUUUGCAGCGGCAUCAUCAAGGCAGCAGCAGCAGCAGCAAGCAAAGCAGCAGCAGCAGCAAGCAAAGCAGCAGCAGCAGCCGAAGCAGCAACAGCAGCAACCAAAGCAGCAGGCAGCUCCGUUUUCAGUAGGACUGUCUGCUCCUUCCCUGCCAAAUGUGAAAGCUCUACUCCCCGGAGCAGCUGUCAAAGUUCAGCAGAAGUUUUGCGAUUUUCAAGCUGCUCGCUGUUCAGCGUACACCCCCCUGAAGAGUCCAAUGUGGCCUUGUGGGUGUGCCUCAAUCGAGGCGCUUUUGAAGCAGGUGCAGCAUGUCACGACAGCCGCCGAUUCGCGCGCCGCUGCUGCCGCUGCAGCGGCGGCAGCGACUGUAGAAGCCGCUGUGAAGAGUGCGGAGCAGCAGCAGCAGCGCCUCUCGUUGCUGCAGCAGCUGCCGGGGGGGGGGGGACUGGUGCUGGGAUCCGCGUUUGCCGCCCUGCUCCCGCUGUUGCGAACAGCGGCAGCGAAGGCAGCAGUGCUUGCGAGAGAUCAGCUUUCUUUCGUGGAUAUCUACGACGAGAGUGCAGCGGAAACUGCAGCUUCUCCUGCCCUCGAAGCACCAACGCCGCAGCAGUUGCUGCAGCUCGCUCCUGCCGCACUCGCCGAGCUGCUCGAAGAACUGGCGCUGCUGCAGCAGCAGCAGCUGACUUCUCUGGAUGCGGAGUUUGCAGCCACAACGGGCAAGCGCCUGCUUGUUCCCGACACCGCUGCAGCAGCAGCCCAGCAGCAGCAGCAGCAGCAGCAGCAGCAGCAGCAGCAGCAGUCGGUAGCCAAGAGGCCUCGCCAGGGUUCGUCCCUCGCAGCGGUGUCUCCUGCAGGGGUGUAG